UACGACUGUGACCUACCAACACACCCACAUUUUGACCAAAUUCCUCGCAACGGCGACAAAACCCAGGAACAAGCAGCAGCAGGAGCCAGCAAGGCAGGCGAUCAAAAACCAGCCAAGCACUUCAUCCUUGGUAUCAUCGCCGGCCUAAUAUCGCCCCCCUAUUAUACCCCUGGCUUCUGAAAUCGUCGAGCUGGUUUGUCUCCCACACAGGGGGUAAAACGGGAACGCUAAAACCUCACCCCUCCGCUCCGCUUGGAAGUUGGAACACAUCACCUCCACGGCUACACACCGCUCCGCACCACGACGACCGCGCCCGGCCCGAUUCCGCCGGCCGGUAACGAUGCAGAGCUCGCUCGCGCGGCCGCUGCGGCCGCCGGUACUGGCCGGAUGCGGCGGUAGACGGGGCCACGGGGCCCCACGCGGCUCGGUAUCCGUGGCACGGUGCCGCGCUGAGGCGGCGCCGCCGACGGUGGGGACGGCGUCUAGGGCGCCUGCGGGCCCGUACACCGGGAGGGACCCGGAGGUGAAGAAGCCCGCGUGGCUGCGGCAGCGCGCUGCGCAGGGGGACAAGUACGCUCGCCUGCGGGAGUCCAUCGGCGAGCUCAAGCUCAACACCGUCUGCGUCGAGGCACAGUGCCCCAACAUCGGCGAGUGUUGGAACGGAGGUGGAGGGGCCGGCGGCGAAGGGGACGGCAUCGCGACGGCCACCAUCAUGGUGCUUGGUGACACCUGCACGCGCGGCUGUCGAUUCUGCGCUGUGAAGACCAGCAACAAGCCGCCCCCGCCGGAUCCCCUGGAGCCUCUAAACACGGCUUUGGCAGUUGCAAGCUGGGGAGUAGACUAUGUUGUGCUAACCAGUGUCGAUAGAGAUGACUUACCUGAUGGUGGAAGCAGCCAUUUUGCUCAGACAGUGAGAGCUUUAAAGGAGCUCAAACCUGGAAUACUGGUGGAGUGCUUAACCUCGGAUUUUCGAGGUGACCUGGAGGCUGUUUCAUCUUUAGCAAACUCCGGCCUAGAUGUUUAUGCGCACAACAUUGAAACUGUGAGGAGUCUGCAGAGGAUUGUGAGGGAUCCUCGGGCAGGGUAUGAUCAGAGCUUGGCAGUUCUCAAGCAUGCAAAAGAUUGCAGGGAGGGCAUGAUUACAAAGUCUUCUAUCAUGCUUGGUCUUGGAGAGACUGAUGAAGAGGUGAAACAAGCAAUGAUAGAUCUACGGGCAAUUGGUGUUGACAUCCUUACUUUGGGCCAGUACUUGCAGCCAACAGAAAGACAUCUAACAGUAAGAGAGUAUGUGACUCCCGAGAAGUUCCAGUUUUGGAAGGAGUAUGGAGAAUCGGUCGGUUUCCGAUAUGUUGCUAGUGGACCCUUGGUUCGGUCUUCCUACCGUGCAGGAGAGCUCUUUGUCCAAAAUUUGGUCAGAAAUAACAAAACUGGGUCUUCCUCAUCUUAACCAAAUAUCUUCUGCUAGAGCAGUCCAUGGGAUCCCUACACACUGUAUGUUAAAAGCGGCAAAACAAGAGUAGAACAGUGUAAUCAUCUGGUUCUUCCAAAAGCUGAGACACAGCUCCUUUUUCCUUUUCUUUUCGGAUGGUAUGCACACCUUUCCUCCCUGCUGUAGUUGCUUGCCCCUGUUGAAUGAAUAGAGAAAAAACGAGGAUGACAAUUCUUUUCUGUAUACACGAAAAGGCUGUUCAAGUAUACUAGCCUGUAUGUAUGAAACUGUCUCCAUGUUUGGGAUGAUUACACAUUGUUCUGUUCAUCAUUUCAUUUUGAUAAAAAAGAAAGAAAGAAAACGAGGAAAGCUGGAGAAAGAGGAUAUCGCACUUUA